AUGGCAAAAGAAGAAAAUAAAGUUGAAUUCAUUACAGCAGUUUACAAAACAUAUCUGCACUGCCCAAAAUGUGCACACGACAUUCAAAAACCUCUCUUGAGAAUCCCAGGAAUUCAUAGGGUUGAUGCCAAAUUUGAAAAGGGUGAGAUCACAGUAAAAGGUGCCAUUGAUGCCAAGAAAAUUCAUGCGAGAUUGCAGAAAUGGAGUAAUAAAAAAGUUGAGUUAAUUUCUGAGACCAAGUCCAAUGAAGAAGUUAAAAAGUAUACCAAUAAUUUGUUCUUAAUAAAUUUGAAGGAAAAAAUAAGAACAAUUACUAUCAAGGCUUACUUGCAUUGUGAUCAAUGCGAAAAGGAGGCGUGUCGGAGGCUGCUGUUGCACAGAGGUAUACACAAUGUGAAAACGGAUAUAAAAUUGCAAACGAUAACGGUUGAAGGAGUGAUCGAGUCGGAAAAACUAGUGGCGUAUAUGCGAGAAAGGGUUCACAAAUAUGGUGAAAUAAUUAAUGUGCAAGAAAAAAAGAAAGAAUUGGAGAAGAAAGAAUUGGAGAAGAAAGAAGAGAAGAGAGAGAAAGUAGUUGAUGAGGUGAAAUCUGCAGGGGAAAAAGUUGUGGAGUUUAAGGAAGUUGUUAAGGAAGUUGAGGUCAGAGCUGAAGUUCCAUACUUCAUACAUUAUGUAUAUGCACCUCAAAUGUUUAGUGAUGAAAAUCCCAAUGCUUGUUCCAUUUCCUAAGAUAUAUAUGGGGUAUAUUACG